AUUUCAUAUGCACCCCAGCUGUGAGGGCCAAGGAUUUGCUUUAAAUGCUGCUGCACAAAGGUUUUUCUCAAAUUAUUCCCCUGCAGGAUGCAGUCUUCAGUGUUGAGAAGUUUGUUGGUGGUUUGUCUGGUUUCAGGAAUCCAUGCAGUAAAACGGUAUCAGGAUGUGAUGACUCUGGGAAGGCAGUCUGCAAAUCAAGGUCAUCAUAACCAAAUACGUGACUGGGCUCCAGAAAGCAACUAUUGGGACGAGAAGCUUUAUCCCUCCUGGAAGACUGACGAUCCCCGAUGGGACAACUGCUGGAAAGGAGGCAAAGUGGUAGCUCUCUUGACCAGUGACAGCCCUGCGCUGGUAGGGUCAAAUGUUACUUUUGCUGUGACCCUGCAGUUUCCCAGAUGCCAGAAAGAAGAUGAAAAUGGGGACAUCAUUUAUGAAAAAAACUGCUUAAAUGAAUCCUCAGGUUACCAAGACCAGUAUGUCUAUAACUGGACUAAGUGGAUAGAGUACUGUGAUGAGGGGAACUGCAGUUAUAACAACAAGUUUCCAGAUGGGAGGCCUUUCCCCCACCACCAUAACUGGAGGAGACAUAACUUCAUUUAUAUAUUCAAAACCUUAGGCCAAUAUUAUCAACAGAUUGGAAGGUCUUCAGCAAUUCUCUCCAUAAACACUACAAACAUCACCGUUGGUGCACAGAUGAUGGAAGUGUCUGUUUAUAGAAGAGGUCAUAGACAACAUUAUCCUGUUGCUAAAGCCAGUGGCAUGUAUGUUGUAACUGACCAAAUACCAUUUUAUGUAAACAUUUCCCAGAAGAAUGACCGCAACUCCUCAGACAACAUCUUCAUUAAAGAUUCACCAAUAACAUUUGACAUCAAACUCCAUGAUCCAAGUCACUACCUCAAUAAGUCUAUUGUAUCAUUCAACUGGAACUUUGGUGAUGGAAGUGGUGCUUUUGUUUCCAAUAACCCAGUAACUGGUCACACCUACACAUUAAUUGGGAACUUUAGCCUAAACUUGACCAUAAAGGCUGCAAUUCCUGGGCCCUGUAAACCAGUUACAUCUACCCUAUAUACUCCAACUUCUUCUGCAACUGUUGUCUCAACUAAUCCUUCUGCAACAGUUGCCCUAACUACUCAGAAUACUACAACAGGGAAUGUGACUGAUGAACCCACUACAGAAACAACAGCUACAUUUCACACUGAAACACCUAAUACUACAAUCCCUCAAACUACAACUGUGGUGUACACCACCACUGCUGCUGCUGGCUGUUUUACUUACAGAUAUGGGUAUUAUAAGGCAAAUAUUACAAUUGUAGAUGGCAUCCUAGAAGUGAAUAUCAUAGAAAUGACAAAUGUCCAAGUGUCUACAUCUGAAGCUGAAAGCUCUUUAAUUGACUUCAUAGUAUCAUGUGAAGGAAGCAUUCCAACUGAUGCCUGCACAGUGAUUUCAGACUCUACAUGUAUGGUACCACAAAAUGUUGUUUGCGAUCCAGUUCCAGCUUCUGACCAGUGUUUGGUAACAUUAAGAAGAGCUUUUGAACCUGGAACUUACUGUGUAAACAUUACACUGAGUGACAAUGCAAGCUUGGGUCUAGCCAGUACACUUGUAUCUGUCAGUGGAAGUAAUAACCAUAACACUCUCCAAGCAGUGUUGGUACCCUUUGGAUUGGUGACUCUCGUUGCUAUAGUGAUAGGUGCUGUUCUAUACAGGAAAUACAAAGAGUACAAGCCUAUUGAGAAUGCUGCAGACCAAAGCGACCAGGGACCCAAAGUAUACUACAGGCAAAUUAAAGAGGCCUUCUUCCGUGGAAAUGAUGAGAGCAACCCACUACUUAAACCAAAAGCUGGGAUUAUAUAAAUGCACAAUGGAUUUAGUUCAUUAACAUGUUAUGUCAGUCUACAUGUAAUUCUUAAAAGAGUUAUGCUGAUACCUGUAUUGAGAAUACUUGAAUAAACUCCUUUUUAUUUAAA